AUGAGGAGUGCCGAAUCAGAGUCCGAAUCUGGUUCUACUACUGGUGAUGAUGGAUCUGAGUCUGAGUCUUCCUGCAGUCACCCAAACCCAGCAGCUAUGGAAGUAUCGCUUUCACUUGAACGCUUGCAGUCCCUACAUGCACUUCAAUCAGGCCCUGGUAAGCCCAGCUCCUACUCAGAGAGUGGAAUGUCAGUAAACCGGUGCAAAAAAGCACUGCAGAAUCCACCUUGUCCUUGCAAGUGCACAUUACCACUGAAGUUGCUGAUUCUUGUUUGCCAAAGCUUUUGGCAGCUUUCAAAAGCUGCCCAAGACAGCCUCCUAUGGAGCAUACAACUUGAGGGGGGCGCGUGCAACCGCAGAUCUUGGAACAUAGCUGGGUACCCUGUGUGCCGUGAAGCAUGGUUGUGCUUCCUGGGGGUUGGCAAGCAACGUAUAUCCCGAUGCAAACGCAAGUUCCAUGGCAAGGAUGAGCGCAGUGUGACAUGUCGUGGAGGACCAGGAUCGCGGCCAGCCUUGAAGACCGCCUCGGUCGAGGCAUUUUUUGUGCACAUAUACUGGAGCGCAGGGGAGCACAUGACGACAAUGGGAUCUGCCAAGUCAAUGCUUGAGCUAUCCGACGAGAAACUUAGACAAGAUCUCCUCGAUAAACUAAUCGAUGCCAAGUUAUCAGGACCGACCACACAGUUGGGAUUCCAAUGCAAUCCGGAACUGCUACCAGAGAGAUGCCUACCCCAUGGAAAUUGGUCAAACCUCUUCACAAUCUAUGCAGCUUAUGCUGCUGCGGAGGGAGAGCAGUGUGCAUCCAAGUCAGUAUUCUACACCAUCGCCAAAAGAUGGAAGGUUUGCUUGCGGUUUCCCAAAGCCAGUAUGCACUCAGUAUGCAAGACAUGCUCUACCCUGAAGAGUUCCCUUGCAAAUGCAGCAGACUUCAUUGAACAUGCGAAGAUUUCUGCCAGACUUUUGCAUCACUACACAGUUCAAUGGAGGGAUCGCCAAGUCUACUGGCUGGCCAGAUCCAGAUCGAAGUUGGAGCGGGACCUGAUGUGCAUGAUCAUCGAUUCAUACGACAAAGCGAAGUUGUGUCUACCGCGUUUUCCGCAGAAGCGGACUCCGAAGGACUCCCUGUACGAGAGUUUGAGAAGAACGCAAAUGACUCUGACAUGCAGCAUCGCCCAUGGAUUUGGCAUUUACUUCUAUCUUUCAGACGAAGGCCUUCCAGUUGGAGCCAGUUGGACGAUUGAAAUUGCAAUGAAGUCUUUGGACUACGCUUGGGCAUUCGCUCGCCGUCAGGGAAAAUCCUUUCCUUAUGAGUUGUGGCUGCAAAGUGACAAUGCAGUCAAGGAAGGACGGAACAGCUUCAUUCACAAGCUCCUAUGUCUCCUGACUCAGGGUGGGUAUUUCCGUCAGACCACGGGAGCCUACCUGGAGGUAGGACACACCCACGAGGAUGUAGAUGCUGCAUUGGCCGUGGUCACCGCAGCAUUGAAUGGAUGCUCUGAUCUGCAAACUCCACGCGACAUCAUCAGGGCAAUAGAGAACCGAGUGGCACCUUUAUUUGCAAAGCAUGGCAUGGAAUGCAUUGUGGAAAAGGUGGGUUCAGUGCGGGACUGGAAAGCCAUCAUGCCCCCUGAUGUCCAUCUCUACAAUGCGUACAAAGACCGCAAAAGGAAUGCAAAUGAUGAUGAUGUUGCAAUGAAGGUUCCUCAGAUGUUCACAUUUGUGAAGCGGGAAGAUAUGCCGUCGCAUGCCCACUUGAUGCCGGCGGAAAGCCGAGUACCUGUGCGCCUCCGGGGUUGUGGCGAGCGGAAAGAUAUUUUCGCCCUUACGAAAACCAACAUGUCGGACGAGUACUUGUGCCAGGAUCCCAUAUUGGUCUAUCCACAUGGCCUCCACGGAUCGACCUGCCACUUCUGGAACCGUGUGAUGCAUCCAAGCCCAGGUCUUCCAGUGGUGCUACCAGACAUUGAUGAUCAACGAUGCCAGGAGCUGCAGACCCUGGCCACGCAGUUGGAAAAAGACUUUGCACACUUCAGCAGGGCAGCUCUUUACUACAGGACGCUGGCAAACAAUGAAGAGGAGGCAAAGCCUCUUUCAUCCUUCCAGUUCAUUGCGGAUGGACCGACCGCUGACCAAAGAGUUGGGGAGGUUGAUCUUGGCGAGAGGCCUGUGGUGGAGAAAGAGAACUUUGGCGAUCACAUCAACAGGGUGUUUUCAGAGCGCGAGCUGUUUGUGCAGGUAGUGCAUCACUAUGUGCUGGAUAAAUUUGAUGUGGGUGGAAUGCAGCGGCCUACACUCUCCCUGGUUCCACAGACUACUCUCAACGAGUUCUACCUCCCGUUGCACAAAUUUGACAUUGGCCCCGGAGCGAAGAAUGGAUUUUACCCACAAAACCAGCAGAUUGCGAAGCACUUCCGGGAGUUCUUGGGAGGAUACUUGCCGCGUGAAAUUGUGGAGGUUAAGUCUCUUGACGCAGACUUGCAAGGCGUCAUGAAGAAUGCAGAGCCCUUCGAUUGGCACAGAAUCAACUUUGUGCUGGAGGCUGCCUUUAAUGCAUGGCAAGAGCAGUUGGGCAGUGACCAGAUACUUUUUGAACAAGCUCAAAUCAUGAAUGAAGCUGAAGUCAAAGAGCCACCUCUCAAGAAGAUCAAAAUUGAAACUACAGACACGUGCACUGAGCAGGAGCUGGGCAACCUUGUCAACCCGCAGAAGUUCAGCAUCAACAACAAUUCAGAGCUGGUGGCCUCUGGAUCUGGGGACACCAUCUUCUUGGCGUCCAAGGGCAAGAACAAUUUCCUGGCCCAUCGUGAGAUGCUGCUUGUUGGCAGCCACGUUCAACAUGUGUGA